AUGACAGAAUCUAAGCUUUCAUUUAAAGAACAGAUGAAGGGGUUUCCCACUUGGCAAAUGAUAGUUGUCAGCUUGAUUAGAUUUCUGGAACCGAUUGCAUUUACAUCGCUUUUUCCAUAUGUCUAUUUUAUGAUACGAGAUUUUCAUUUCGUUGAUGAAGCAAAUAUUUCAAAGUAUUCUGGAUAUCUUUCAGCUUCCUUUGCAUUUACUCAGUUCUUAUGUUGUAUACACUGGGGGAAGGCGUCCGACAAAGUUGGUAGAAAACCAAUUUUACUUCUUGGAUUGUUUGGAACGUCGCUUUCCAUGCUAACAUUUGGAUUCUCCACCAAUUUCUACAUGGCAUUAUUAGCUCGGUCUGCCAUGGGUGCAUUGAAUGGAAACAUUGCAGUACUCAGGACAAUGAUCGGAGAAAUCGUUACAGAAAGAAGGCACCAAGGUACUGCAUUUUCAAUCUUACCGCUAUUCUGGAAUGUGGGAAGUGUUAUUGGCCCUUUGAUCGGAGGGUCUAAAUAUUUAACUAGACCACAAACAGAGUCAGUAAUAAUGAUAAAUGAUGGUGCCUAUGAUAGAUUUUUGAAUAAAUACCCCUAUGCAUUGUCAAAUAUAGUAGUGGCGUUAUUUUUAUGGUUUAGUAUGUUAAUGGGAUUCUUGUUUUUAGAAGAGACACACCAUCAACACUACAAAAGAAAGGAUGUUGGUCUUGAAAUUGGUGAUUGGAUAAGAAGAAGAUUGGGUUUUGAUGUUCCUACUCGUAAAUGGAAUAUUUCUUCGAAGAGAAAGCCUACAAAACCACAGGUCCCGAAACCAAACAGGGACCCAAUACGUGAACAAGAUAAUGUGGUUCCGAACGUUAAUGACUCGAAUGAAAAUAUACGUGAAGAUCAACAGGAAGAUGAUUUGGACUCCUUCGAUGAAAGCACUUCGCUCAUUCAACCACGCCCUAUUUAUUCCUCAGUUAUUGAUGAAGAAGACGAGACAAGCUCAAUUUGUUCGGAUGAUAAUUUAGGUCCAUUAACCAGAAGAUCAUCCAAUGCUAUAUUAAGGAGAUAUUCAUCUAAUAUAUCUAUUAGACCCUCAUUAUCGAGAAUUAGUACUAAUAGAUAUUCUAUCAGUGACGUUUCUACUAUAAAUAAAAGUUCUUUUAGCAGAAAAGUGUUUACUGGUCCCGUUGUCCAGACUAUGUUAGGAAAUUUCCUUUUAUCGUUCCACAAUUUAGUUUAUCUGGAAUUUUUGCCUGUGUUAUUAGCUUCAAAAUUUAUGCCUGAGGAAUUGAAAUUUCCAACUAGAAUGAAAGGGGGAUUCGGCUACGACUCAAAUACAAUUGGUACGUUAUUAUCUGUCACAGGACUUCUCGGCGUUUUCAUAAUUAUGCUUGUGUUUCCUCUUAUGGACAGGAAUUUAAGGACCAUCACUGGUUACAGAUUGUCAAAUAGCAUAUUCCCAAUCAUGUACUUUGUUUUGCCAUUUUUGAUCUACACUUUACCGGGUUACAAUCCAAAUGCAUCUCCACAGUUGACGAAAACCCUUUUGUACCUUAAUUCUGGAAUUCGUACCCUAGCCUCAUCUACAUCUACUCCACAAGUUAUCGUGUUGAUACAUAGAGCAUCUCCACCAAAGUAUAGAGGGUUCAUCAAUGGAUCCACAUUGAGUUUAACAGCACUUGCCCGGUGUCUUGCUCCGCUAAUCUGGGGUGCAUUGAUGUCAUUUUUUGACAGUGUGGCUUUGGGUCAAUUAACUUGGAUAUUUUUAUCUUUAAUGUCUGUCGGAGCAUUGGUACAGUCGUUCUACAUAGAUGAAUAUGAUGAGGAUAUCAAGCCCUCCGAACCAGAAGAAGCCAACGACGAGGUAUAA